GCGGGCGGCGGUGUUCUUGGCGCUCUUGGGGACUGCGGCUCCUUGGGGCUGCGUCGGCCCCGGUCUCAGCACUGACUAGAUUCAGCCGCCGGAGGUGCGGCCGUUCAUCCCGGGGGGGCACUUAGGACGGACGGGCCGGACCCUGCGACCGCCUGGCAGGGCUGAGCGCGGGCCCGCGGCGCGAGUUUUUGGUCUAAGAAGAAAAAAACCAACACAUCUCAGGACUGCUUAGCUUUUUUAUUAGCCUUCUGUGGGGGACUUCGCUGGAGGCAUUUCACAAUUCUUGGCUGAAAAACUACCAGAAAUCAUGAAUAGCUCAGUUUGCCCCGUGGAUGCCACAGAAGAACUCUUGCAUGAAUGUGAGAAUAUUUGGAAGGAGAUGGAAAAGUGUCAGAGUAAGCUAACCCUUCUAACAGCAGAACCGGUGCCAGAAUCAGAUGCCAAGGUUUUGUUGUUACUGACACGAAUGCAGGCUUUAAGAGCAGAGUAUUAUCAAUGGCAAAAAAGAAAUCCUGAGCUAGUUUCAACUAAUCCAGAGGUACUGCUGUUAUUAGGAGAAGAAGAGUUGCAGGAAGUAAAGAAAGAACUUGAAAUGGUGCUGUCAGCAGUUCAGUCAAAGAAUGAAAAGCUGAAAGAAGAUCUGGAAAGAGAACAGCAGUGGCAUGACGAACUGGUGCAAAUAGUAAAUGCUUUUAAGGAAACUGAAGAAGAAAUGAAAAAAGAAGUUGUAACAGAUUCUGAAAAAAGACUGUUUCAAGAACUGAAAAACCAAAUGUCGGAGUUAAGGGAAUAUAAGAAAAAACUCUUGAAUGCUUUGGGUGAGUUCCUAGAAGAACAUUUUCCCCUUCCAGAGAAAAAUGGAAAUGCUAAAAAGAAGAGGUACUCUGAAGAGCCGUGUGAACAAGUGAUAACAAUGCAUGAAAUUUUAGAGAUUCUCUUGAAUCAAUUGAUGUCCACACCACACAAACCCUAUGUAACAGUUGAUGACUCAUUUUGGCCACCUUAUGUGGAGCUGCUACUGCGAAGUGGAAUUGUCCUGAGGCAUCCAGAAGAUCCAGACAGGAUACGUCUAGAAGCCUUUCAUGAGUAGUGUAAUCUACAUGCUUACUUCUAAACAAAUCACUAGUACUUAUGGGAAGCCAUACUUACGUAUCUGCUGAAAAUUGCUGGGAAAAGGCUCAAUGGUGUUCUAUAUGAGAACUUCACAACGCUUUGAGGGUGGAGGGGGAGUGAGAACAGUUUAAUGUUAAGUUCUAGCAUCAUUGCCUUUUUUAGCUACACUGCUUUAAGUGCAUUUAAUUUUGCCUACUUAAUUGGUUACUAUGCAUAAUUACAGAUACUGGUAGGUGCUGUCCAGAAACAUUACUUUUGUUUUAUAACUGCUUGCUCAAAUGCCCUCCAUUCAAAGACUAGCUGUAAUGUCUGACUUUCGUGCAUAUUUAGUUGCUUUUUUAAUCCUCCUUAAUUAUUCAAGGUUUUCUAGAAUGGCCUUUUUAUUUGUUUGUUUUAAAAUAUUUUAUAUUUUGCUAUCCUUUACAUAUAUAAUAUUCAUAAAAUUGUUUGAGGUGGGAAGUACCUUUAAAAGUCAUCAAUCUCAAGUUCUUCGUAGAUCUAUGGUAGUGUAAAUUCAGGAAUAAAUAAUAUUAACCACUGUGUA